UGUCUUUUAGAUGUCAUAAUUGUUUCUGUCAGAACAGAGGACUGAAGUCCUGCACACGCCCCAUGGUUCAGUGUGGCGACCCCAUCAAUUGGCAGAGGCCACAGCAUUUGCAUUAAUGUAAACAUUCCUCAUUCUUGAGCCAAAUGGGGUAUCAGAUUCCAUUGUUUUCCCUUAAACAAUUUUAACUUUCCUUGAGAUUAAUGUAGCCCUGCUCUACUAUGUGUCUGGUUUUCCAGCCAGGCCUAUUGGUAUUCCCCCCAGCUCCCGCAGAGCCAGCGCACAGUCUCCACACUGCUCUGAGCACUCUCUGAAGCUCCUGCAGCCCCCACCCUGGGAGCAGCUGUCCGACACCCUCCGUUCUGCUCCCCCUGCCAGGCUGCACCUUGGCUCACCUGCGGCCCUGGGCCUCCUGCUGCCCAGUUUCUGGCAGUCCCUUCCCUCUCCGGGUUGUCCUGCUCGCUUGCUUCCCUCGGCCGCUGUCUCUGCAGUGCACGCCAACUUCUGGCUUCAGACACCGGCUGCUGGGAGGCGAGAAACCUUCCGUGUGGAUGAGCACAAGUUCUAGGUGGAACUCAUGUUGCCUCUGAGCUCUGUCCCUUAGCCCCACUGUCCCUGAGCAUCUUGAGAAGCAGGUGCCAUUCUGUCCAAUUCCAUCGUAAGAGUCCCCUCUCCCUCUCUGGGGUUCUCGGCCUCUUUUCUGGCCCCUGACGAUAGUUAACUCCACAGUGUCAGGGUCAAGGUCUGACUCUGCCCUGAGCCUGUGAUAUGUCAUUCCGCCUGGAGAUCCAUGUGCUUUAGUUCUGGGUCCUGUCCCCGGAGUAGGUCUGUGACCGUCUCUUCUUCUCACUUACUUUUUAUUUUCUGUGCUGAAUUAAUUCUCAUGUCUUCUUAUCUUUCCUCUUUUGUAAUUUUUCUUCUGUUUGAUGAAGGAUUUCUUCAUUUUUGUCCCUCAAACUCUACUAAUUUUUAAACUUUUUAGCAUUCUAUCUGUGAUUCCAGAAGCUCUCCAUUGUCCUCCGGUUGUGCCUUUUAUGGUGUGAUUUUUUAUUUGCUAGAAAUGCAGUGCCUUUCCUUGUUCCUCUGAGAACACCAUGGCUGAGGACUCUUUCUUUCCUGGGUGGUGAAUCCCAAGUCUCCUUCUCCUGUGUAUUAUUAGACCUCGGUCUUCUGUGUCGGAAGCCCCCCUGGACUCUUCUUGUCCUUCACCAUCCUUCCCACUCGAAGGAGAUGCCAAAGGGCAGCUUGGGAGCCUGGUGAGGAGUGGAGGGUGCUCGGGCAUUGCCUGGCGAGCCUGCUACCCAAUCAUUGCGUGGAGAGGUGACUCCACUCCAGCCCCAGAUGUCAGUAACUACAGAUUUUUCUUUUGGAACAGUUCAAUUUCUCCAUAAAAACUCUCCUCUCUCUUAUAAGAGGCCAGGCUGGGAUUGGAGUGAAGCGUGGAUCUCCCCCCAGGAGGUGGACAGGAGGAGGGGGCAAUGACACCUCACAGCCUCACGGGUUUACUCUCGUGUCCCAACCAGAGCCUCCUUUCCACCCUCCUGGGUGCAUAGUUGUGAGUACAGACUCUCUGUUUCAGUUUUAUGAACCAUAUUUAUAAAAUGGGUGCAUUUCUUCUGGGGAUUGCUUCUUCUGGGGAUGGGGGACAGUGUAUCCUAUUUUUUAUGGUAAUCCAGUUCUUUUAAGUGUUUUCUUUCAAUGCUUGCAGUUGCCAUAUCUUUACUAAAAUUAGAACCAUACAGAGGAGAUUAGUAUCAUCCCUUUACAAGGAUGGCAGGCAAGCCCAUUUAAAAAAAAAAAAAAAAAACCUCAAAGUGGACACAAGUCUUAAAAAGAAGAGCUAAAACUCAGAAUAAACUAUAGAAGACAAGCUUUCUGACAUUGGAGUUAGCAAUGAUUUCUGAUAUGACACCAAAAGCACAAACAACAAAGAGAAAGAAAACAGAUAAGGUGUACUUCAUCAAAAUUAAAAACAUUUGUGCUUCAAAGAACAUAAGCAACUGAAUGAAAAGCACCCCAAAUGGGAGAAAGUGUUAGCGAAUCAUACGUCUGAUAAAGGAUUGAGACUCAGACUAUAUAAAGAAUCCCUAUAAUGCAACAACUAAAAAGCAAACCCAAGCUGCUUCAAAUAGAGACAAAGGACUUCAGUAGCCCCUGCUUUAAAGAAGAGAUGCAGAUAGCCAGGGAGAAGAUGCUCAGCACCACUAAUCAUCUGGGAAAUGCAAAUCAAAACCACAAUGAGACCCCUCACCCAUUAGGAUGGUUAUUACCCAAACAAAUAUAUAAAUGAACAAACAAUAGCAAGAACUGAUGAGGAUUUGGAAAAGUGUGAACCCUCCCACACUGCUGCAGCCUCUGUAGGGAAUAGAGUGGUGGUCCCUCAAAAGAUCCAACUUAGAGUAAAUGCACCCAAAAGAAAUGGAGGGGAAGGUACCUGGAGCGAGUUUGCCUUAAAACAGCAGCUGCAGUUGCUGUAAAUCUCUCUGCAGUUCCACGAUGUUUUCCUUGGCCAAAAAUGCACUGAGUCGUCUCCAAGUUCAAAGCAUUCAGCCAACAAUGGCAAGGCAGAGCCACCAGAAGCCCGUUCCUGAUGUCCAUGACAAAUACGGUAAUGCUGUAUUAGCCUGUGGAGCCAUUUUCUGUAUUGCUGUUUGGACAUACCCAGCAACACGAACUGGAAGAGAAAGAGACCUGUCCUCUGUUGGUAGAGUCACCCCAAAGGAAUGGAGAAAUCCGUAAUCGUGCCAGCAAUGUAAUACUGAAUUUCCAAACCAACUCAGAAUUGAUAUCAAGCAAAAGCACUGUGUACCUACUAAAUAUGGCAUCUUGAAGAAAUAAAGUACACUUGAAACAAAAAAAUAUAUAUAAGAAAAGAAAAAGAAAGGGAGGGGUGCUAGAAAAGGCACCUGUGGGCUACGUAGGCAGCAGUACUACCCACGAUAGCCAAGAGCAGAAUGGCCCUCAGUGGACAUAUACAUACACAAUGGGAUAUUUUUCUUUCUUAAGAAGGAGAAAAUUGUGGGCUGGGGAUUGGCUGAGUGGUAGAGAGCUUGUUUCUCAUGUAUGAAGCCCUGGGCUCCAUCCCAGCACACACACUCACACACUCACACAAGCAGGGGAAUUCUGACACUCACUACAUCACAGACGCCCACUGAGAACCACCCAGUGAAUCGCCAGGCAUUAGGAAGAUGUGUGUGGUGGGGCUGCACUUGUGGGAAGUGCCUGGAGGAGGUGCGUUCACAGAA